CCGGACAUGACGUUUGUCUGUUCCAUUUGGGAGGCUUUGAACGCCUCUUGCUCGUUGAUGAGGUGUAGAGCCGUUAAGGUAUGGUAAACGUUGCUGGAAGAUCGAAAGGAUGCUCCACAUGUCGUCGUAGGAAGGUCAAGUGCGACCAGACUCGACCCCUCUGCGCUCGAUGUGCGAGGAGCAACCUGUAUUGCGACGGAGCUCGUGAUAUUGUCUUCAUCAACGCGGGCGCCGUCAAGGCGCGUAGCUCCGCAAAAGGCGCGCUCGAAGUCGUGCGCGACGCACGAAGUGUGAGGUCCACCACGCCGCCCAUAGUGCAACAGGUACAGCCCACGUCAGACGCAAGACUGGAAAGAUACAUUUGCUUUGGCCGGAAGUUCUUCCGGUCUGGAGCAUCCAUUGACCUGGCGUUGCAAGGCUGUACGCUUGACGAUUUUCUCGCUGAGGGCAGCGGCCGUGUUUUUCUCCAAGCAUUGCUUGGCUUUUCCAUGCUCACCUUUGGCUCAGAACACGGCCAGCAAUCUUUGGUCACGGAGGGACAUGCAGUCCAUGUAAACGCGCUCGGAGAGCUGAAUCGAGCACUUUCGGACCCAACCAGACGGUGCGAUGAUGACGUACUGCUCGCCGUAGCAGUUCUGGCGAUACAGUCCUCCGUGGUGCCCAUGGGAGAAAGUCCUAGGGCCUAUCUGCAGCACAUGCUCGGAUUGGAACGCCUUCUAGGACUUCGCGACCCUACCAUUCACAAUUCGGCGAGCGCAGUGAACCUCUACAGCAGCGUUCGCCACUUCGUCCUCUUUGCUGCCUUGCGUGUUGGAAAAGCUUCUCUGCUAGCCAGACCAGAAUGGAAAUCCGUAUUGCGGCUAGGCUGCUCUGCGAGCGAGGAGCAUGAACACGACCUGUGGGAUAUUCUAGCCGACUGCACAGUUCUUGUUGCGAGAUCUAACCUCGUGAUUGCAAAGUCAGGCAUCGAGCCUAGAGCAUCCAUAACGCAGCGUAAGGAAGUCGAGCAAACAAGCCUGAAUCUACUCCAACAACUUCAAGUUUGGAAAGACCGGUGGAUGAAAGACAGUAAGAAUCAUUACCGAGCAUCGGUCUCCGCGGAGACGAAGAUUGAAUCGUCGUCCGGUGUCGACGAAGAGGACUGGUCCAGCUUUGCUACACCUCUAGAUUUUGCAGAUCGCUCGGCCGCCCCCAUGCUGAUGCUGUACAACACCGCGCUUAUACACGUCCUGCAAGUGCUCUCGGCGCUCCCGGUGGCAGAGUUUGGCGUCUUUUCCGAUCUGGUCUUUGAGGGCAAUUCGCUUCCGUCAGGCCUCGGAGCGAAGAGGAUGACGUCGAAGGAACGGGGGCUCGCGAUUCGCGCCGCCGCGCUGGAGAUCUGCAAUUGCGUUCCUGCUUACUUUCAGGCGCAAUCGCUCUCUGGUGCGAACAUUACACCCAUCUUUCACUGGGCUACAUCAACCGCGUGGAUAGCCUUGCGUGGCGACGAGUCGUCGGAGGGCGGAUGGAUGAGAAGCCUUCUCAAAAAUGCAGAGCCCCACUUCAUUGCAAGAGGGUUGAUGACUGAAUGAAGUAAAGACCGUCGGGUUCUUGGUGGCAACGCUUAUGACCCCGGCGUCCCAAAAUAAAAUAAAAAUAAAAACAAAUGAUUCAAAUGCAGAAGUGACCGGGUCGUCUCUGGAGCGGGCUUCAAGAGCCUUUCCGCCUAGGUAUUGGCUUAAUAGAUCCUCCGCUAGCCAAUAAUUUGACACGAGUUCCAGCUGCCCGAAAUGUCGAAGCUCUCCCCUCUGUACGUAGAUCACAACUCUUCUAAGUUUGGAAAUGCCCAAAGAUGGUUUGGUUGAUUUUCCACACAGCCAAAGACACUUCCCUUGGAUGAUGGUAACAACAACAACAAGAACA